AUGUCCAUUAUAGGGAAGUUGAGGCAAUCAAAGAAUGCAGUUCCUUGUAAAAUUGAUUCCCUUAGAGUACAUGAUAAGCUUCGCUAUGAUCCUGAAGCCAUUGGACUUGCCUCAACCGACUAUGGUCAUAUUGUUCGAGAUAUUCCUUUUGCGGUGCUUUAUCCUACAUCCAGUGACGAUAUUAUCGAGCUUAUCAAAUUUUCUAACGAAUGUCCCCUCCCAUUUAAUGUGUCGGCACGAGGCUAUGGACAUUCUGUUAGAGGACAGGACAUGGCACAUAAUGGGGUAGUAGUGAAUAUGCUUUCUUUAAAUGAACAAUAUAAAAAUGGGACUGGAAUUAGGGUUUCAACAGCAGAACAUUAUGCAGAUGUUGGGGGUGAACAGCUGUGGAUUGAUGUAUUGAAUGCCACCCUACAACAUGGCCUUGCACCUGUUUCAUGGACUGACUAUUUGUACCUAACUGUUGGGGGUACACUUUCUAAUGCUGGAGUCAGUGGACAGACCUUCCUACACGGUCCACAGAUUAGCAAUGUUCUUGAAAUGGAUGUUAUUACAGGUAAAGGGGACUUCAUGACUUGCUCCAAAGACAAGAAUUCAGAAUUAUUUUUUGCAGUUUUAGGAGGUCUAGGGCAGUUUGGCAUCAUAAAUAGGGCAAGAAUUGUCCUAGCAAAAGCACCAAAAAGAGGUCUAGAUUAUUUGAAAGGCUUUCUCAUGAUGGACUACACUCCUGUAGAUGACUGGAGAUCUCCCUUUUUCACACCUUAUAACGAAUCCCAAAUUUCUUCUCUAUUGAAGAAACACGGCAUCCUCUAUUCCUUAGAGAUGGUCAAGUAUUAUGAUGAUGAGACCGCCAAUUCAGUGGAUAAAGAAGUUCAAAGGCUGCAAGACGGAUUGAACUACAUUCCUGGUUUCUCUUUCACAAGAGAUGAAACCUAUGUUGAUUUCCUCAAUAGAGUUCAGGAAGGCGAAUUAACCCUAAGAUCAAAAGGAUUAUGGGAUAUUCCUCAUCCAUGGCUGAAUCUUUUUGUACCGAAGUCUCGUACCAUGGAUUUCAAUGCUGGUGUUUUUGUAGAAAUUCUUCACAGAGAAAAGAAGACCAAAGGGCCUCUAUUUGUCUACCCAACGACUAAAACAAAAUGGGAUGAUAGGAUGUCCGCAGUAACACCAGAUGAGGAUAUCUUCUACAUUGUGGGACUGUUGCAUUUAGGCAGAUUCAGUAACUGGCAAGAUUUGGACAAUCAAAACAAUGAAGUACUGGAAUUCUGUGAUAGAGCUGGAAUAAAGUUGAAGCAGUAUCUCCCACACUACAAAUCCGAGGAAGAUUGGAUAAAGCAUUUUGGUUCAAAAUGGAACACUUUCCAAAGAUGGAAAGCACAGUUUGAUCCAAGAAUGAUAUUGUCACCAGGACAAAAAAUUUUCAAUUCUAUUUGA